AUGGCAAUGAAAAUUGUAGCAUUGUCUUCCCUGCUGCUAGUGACAUUACUCAUCACCACCUUGCUAACCCAACCAGGAUUAGCCAAUGCGCAGUUGCCACAGACUCCUCCUUCGAUUCCAGGCCUGUUUCCACCAGGAACUCCGCAAGAUGCACUUAAAUGUUGGUCAUCUCUAACCGGCAUUAGUGGAUGUGUUAUGGAAAUAUUUCAAUCUGUUUUCAGCUUGCAAUUAGGCACCAUUGGUGCCGACUGUUGCAAGGCCUUCCUUUCUAUCGAGGAAAGCUGUUUGCCCAAAAUGUUUCCUCUGACUCCUUUCUUCCCUCCUUUGCUCAAGAACUUUUGUGCUCUCCAAGGAGGUCCUGCUCCCCCAGCAAGAAUCUAG